UUAAAAGUGAAAUCCUUCUCUGUUCGCCUCAUCCAUCUUCAUCUUGUACAUGUUUCAUUUCAUAAGGAAUUCUUUAUACCCCAUUAUUUGGGUUAUGGAACUAGAGCGGAAUUUUUGGGCAGAUAAUCACUUGCUGAGGAGAGAGCCCUACUUAGCUGGAAGUGAGAACGAGGAUGAUAUUGCUACUCAGGCUAGCAUUUUGUCCGAAAGCAGCAUAUCAGAAGAAUCUGAUGAUUUUUGCAAUCAUUCGGAGUCAUUUAAGAUGUUGGUAGAGAUGGGUCUGCCUCUUAAUGAUUCUGUGGUCGCAAAACUGGCAUGGCUUCGAUCUCAGAUCAUUGGCCACGAUGCAGAGUUUGAUUCUCCUUUCGGAAGACGGCGAAUUCUCUAUGCUGAUCAUACUGCUUCAGGUCGUAGCCUUCAUCACAGUGAAAAUUUCAUCAUCCAUCAUCUCCUUCCCUUUUAUGGCAAUACUCAUACAUGCGACAGCUAUGUCGGAAGUCGGACGACAAAAAUGGUGCACGAAGCAACCGAUUACAUCAAGACAUGCUUAGGGGGUGGACCAGACGAUGCACUCAUAUUUUGUGGCUCCGGCGCUACGGCGGCCAUCAAAAGGCUCCAAGAAGUAAUGGGCGUCGCUGUACCUUCGAUCCUGAGGGACAAGGUUCUGAAAAUCUUGAGCCCAGAAGAAAGAUGGGUCGUCUUCGUUGGACCUCACGAGCACCAUUCCAACCUCCUCUCAUGGCGACAAAGCUUGGCCGAAGUAAUAGAGAUUGACCUAGACGAUGAGGGAUUGCUAGAUGUGGACUUGCUGAAGCUUAAACUUGAAGCAUAUAAAAAUACCGGCCGGCCCAUAUUGGGAUCUUUCUCAGCCUGUAGCAAUGUCACUGGAAUCUGCUCAGACACGCGAGCAAUUGCCAGGCUUCUUCACCAAUACAAUGGCUUCGCAUGCUUCGAUUUCGCAGCAAGUGGUCCAUACGUGGAGAUUGACAUGAGAUCGGGACAGAGUGAUGGGUAUGAUGUUGUGUUCCUCAGUCCACAUAAGUUUCUGGGCGGUCCUGGUUCUCCCGGCGUGCUCUUGAUGAGCAAGGCCCUGUAUGGGCUGAGAUCUUCACCGCCAUCCACUUGUGGAGGUGGAACCGUGAGCUACGUCAACGGCUUCAAUGAAAAGGAUACAUUAUAUUUGGAGAGCGUAGAGGAAAGGGAAAAUGGAGGCACCCCUCAAAUAAUCCAGACGGUGAGGGCAUCAUUGGCGUUUUGGGUCAAAGAAUACAUUGGCUAUGAAGCAAUUGAAAAACGGGAACAAUCAUACAUAAACAGGGCACUUGAGAGGCUUCUCCCAAAUCCGAACAUUGAAGUUCUGGGAAACUUGAGCACCAAGAGGCAAGCCAUAUUGUCAUUUCUAAUCCAUACAACCAUCAAUUCUUCAUCGGAUGGUUGGAGAAAUGAAGGGGAAAAAAAUGAUAUCAAGAAGGAAAAAGAAGGGGAACUUAAUUUGUGGGCAGAGACUGGAAACAAGAGAGGUAAGCCUCUUAACGGUCCUUUUGUUGCAACUCUUCUGAAUGACUUGUUUGGCAUCCAAGCUCGAGGUGGGUGUGCUUGUGCUGGACCCUAUGGUCACCAAUUACUCAACAUCAACAAAUGUCACUCUCUUGCUAUUAGAUCAGCAGUUGAAGAGGGUUAUGUUGGCGUCAAACCUGGAUGGACCAGAGUCAGUUUUCCUUAUUACAUGAGCGAAGAGGAUUUUGAGUUCAUACUAAGAGCCAUGGAGUUUAUAGCAGACUAUGGCCAGCGAUUCCUUCCCUUGUACACCUUCAAUAUGAGAAAUGGAAGCUGGAGACCGAAAACAGAGGAACUUGGGAAGCUUGCUAAACAAGACGAGGGCAACUUUUGCAUUCAGUUUUUAGAAAAGGAAGGGACAACGAGAAGGAAUGAGUCAUACUUAGAAGCAGCAAUGUAUAUGGCUAAUCGGCUCCCAAAGUUCCCAGCUCAGAGUAUCGUACCGGGGAACAUGGACCCCAGUGUCCUUUAUUUCAGAGUUUAAUAUUCUUUUUGCCUAUAUUGCAUGCAUACUUUGUGAAUCUACAGAAAUUUGAUGACAUUCAAUAUUGUCUUUACUGGAUGAACGUUUUAUGCUCUCUCUUAUAACCGUCAUCCUCUGUUUCUCUAUUCUUGAUGACACGAUGAGACAAGGAAUUAAUGAAUGCUCUUUCAGCCUUCAUGCUGUCAUUAUGGUCUUA